CGAGCUUGACGCUGAGUCCUGCUGUGCCAGCUGUCAGCCACGUCACCUCCCCUGAAGAAACUUUCCUCUCGGACCACUGCAGACACAGCAGAGUCUGGGAGCGGACUCAGAAGACAUCAUAUCGCUGCAUCUACAUGCGUCUAAAUACCGAACCAACGAGCAGCCGGACACGCUUCUCUGUGCAGCUUAUUUAUCUUUUAGCUUUUUAACUCUUCUUUUCAUUUAUUUAUUUAUUUUUGCACUCUCAGAGCGUGUUUUGCUUCUUGUGUCUGAACCACCCUGCCCUGUCUCCUGAGGACGUGGAAGGCCUGUGAGGAGUCGUAUCAAGGUUUUGUUAUUGAAGCGGAAAGUUAACAACAUGAACGUGUUCCGUCUGGCGGGUGACGUGUCACAUCUGGUGGCUAUCAUUAUCCUGUUACUGAAGAUAUGGAAGUCCAGAUCCUGUGCUGGCGUCUCUGGGAAGUCCCAGGUGCUGUUUGCACUUGUCUUCACCACCAGGUACCUUGACUUGUUCACGGUCUUCAUUUCUCCUUACAACACGGUCAUGAAGGUGGUGUUCCUGGCUCUGUCCUAUGCUACCGUGUACCUGACCUACAUGCGCUUCAGGAACACGUACGACUCUGAGAACGACACUUUCCGUGUGGAGUUCCUGUUGGUGCCAGUCAUCGGGCUGUCCUUCCUGGAAAACUAUGCUUUCACCCCAAUGGAGAUCCUGUGGACCUUCUCCAUCUUCCUGGAGGCGGUGGCCAUAAUGCCGCAGCUCUUCAUGAUCACCAAGACCGGCGAGGCGGAGUCCAUCACCACCCACUACCUGUUCUUCCUUGGCCUCUACCGAGCCCUCUACAUAGCCAACUGGGUGUGGCGUUACCACACCGAGGGCUUCUUCGAUCAGAUCGCCGUGGUGUCCGGCGUCGUGCAGACCAUUUUCUACUGCGAUUUCUUCUACCUUUACGUCACAAGGGUGCUUCGAGGAAGAGGAAAGAUGAGCCUGCCGAUGCCGGUUUAAAACAGACGUCUGUGCCGUUCAGCCGCCCAUCGGUGCCUGCUACAGUUCAGCAUCUGAACACAGUCCUUGCCCUUCAACUGUAACAUGCAUUUAGCAAUGGGACUAAUGGUCUGACAUCUUUCUGUAGACCUCUAGAAAAGGAUUUUCUGAUUGAUUACUUUGUGUGUGAGUCUGUAUGUUUGCAAGUGUGUAUGCAUACGUGUGUUUGGGUUUUUUUUGGGGGGGGGGGUUUGUCUUCAUAAGAUGCAAAUGUGACACUGGAAAUGUGUCCCUGAUGUGCACGUGGAAGAGUCAUGCAAGAGAGUAACACUAUGGAAACUAUGUAUUUGUCUUUACUUUCCCUUGUAGGUUCUGAGAGAGACUCUGGCUCGGGAGACUGUUACUGUAUGUAGCUUCAGUUUCCACAGUACAGAUACAGAUCCACUGUUUUCCUGUGUUAAAGCUGUAAGAGUGCUCAGAGUUUCAUGUCAAAGGUUCCUACACUUUAUCCAAUCACCGCCACAUGUUUGACAAACUGUUAAACAUGUGCAAUGUCUUGCCUGUUGAUUUACCGUAAUGAUAAAUAUUUAGUAAAUUUGUACUCUGUAAUCUUCCACAAAGCGUCUUCCUCUUUGGUUCUGUAGUGUUAGACACUCCCUGAAUAUCUUACUGUAUUAUGUGCAAACAUUUUUAUCCUAAUUGCCAAGUAUGUUUUUUGUAUUUCCUCUUAAUGGCCUUGUCUUUUUUUAUAUCAAUGUAUUUCUUCACGGGAGAAAAAUGGGCAAAACAUUUUGUCAUGUCUCGAAAGAAGCCAAUGAUGGAACAGAUAUCUGCUGCAAUGUUCUAGUUAAAGAAAAGUUUUUAUCUUU